CCAGACCUAGACGUCGAGUGAAUGGUCAAAAUGAGUUUAAUAAUACACCAGUGGAUCCUCAAUCAGCAUUUAAUAUGGCAUUGCGUGAAAGCUGGGAAGCUGACAGCCACAUUGGUCUAUCCUUCGAUGAGCGAUUACAGAGGGACAGAUUGCGGAGACAAGCGGGAGAGGAUUUAUUGCGGGAUAUACAACGAAAGAGGAAUGAGAGUAACCCACCGCCAGCGUACAGUCCUCGAGUGCGCACACCAGCUUAUGCACCCCCAUUACCUCCACGUCGCACAGUAAACAGAAUGAACGGUAACAACAAUAACAACAACGUUCCACCACCAUUACCACCACGAAGAUAUAUACCGAGAGUCAUAAAUUAAGUUCAAUGCAUUUAUUUAACUAACUUUUACAUUUCAACGUCAUAUUUACAAUCAUGUAACGUCGUCCUAACGACAUCAAUCAUCGAUUGCCUAUUCCAUUCGUAAC